AUGCGCUUCUCAACAUCUGCCGUCCUGGUCACCAUGCUGGGCUGGAUAGGGGCUGCGACCGCCCACAGCAUCCAGCUCAAAGCCCAUUCGCGCGAAUGCUUCCACGAAACCCUCCACAAAGACGACAAGAUGACCGUCUCGUUCCAGGUCGGCGACCGAGAGUUUGGAGGCAGCGGGAAUCUCGAGAUUGAUUUCUGGGUUGAAGAUCCCAAUGGAAACCGCCAGUAUUUCCGCAAUUCCAUUUCGAACGAAGAUUAUUCUUUCGAUGCUCAGCGUGAUGGCAAGCACACCUAUUGCUUCAGCAAUGCGGCGUGGGCGUCGAAUUCCAAGGAGGUCUCUUUCAAUGUGCACGGGAUUGUAUACGUGUCAGAGUCGGAAAUAAAGCAAGAUCCUUUGGACUAUGAGGUUCGCCGUCUAUCGGAGUCUCUUGAGCAGGUGCGCGAUGAACAGUCCUACAUCGUCGUCCGAGAACGAGUGCACCGCAACACGGCCGAAAGCACGAACUCGCGUGUCAAAUGGUGGAGUCUGUUCCAACUCAUUUUCCUCGUCGGAGAGGGUCUCUUCCAGGUUUGGUGGCUUAAGCGAUUCUUUGAGAGUCAGGCUGUCUGGAUCAAGGUCUUUGAUCUCGAAUUGGCACAGUUCCUUCUG